AUGAUGUCAAACGAGCACAAUAUCCCUGGAGGAGCUACCGCAAAGUCUUCAUCUGACUAUGUCGAGGAGAAACAUACGGCGAUCAAUACUGAUCCGACCAUGUAUCUCCCCGAGUCGCAUAAGGCGUACUUGAUUGAACGUCAUGGAACGCUGGAUCUUGAUCCGAUUCCUAGCAUGGAUCCGGCGGAUCCGUAUAACUGGGCCGUGUGGAAGAAAACUGUUAACUUGGCUCUUGUUGCGUUUCAUGCUUGCAUGGGCACAUUUACCGCUGCGGCUAUCAUCGCCGCCUACGAGGACAUCUCUCUUGACCUGGGAGUCUCUAUUCAACGCGUUUCCUAUCUGACUUCCUUGCAAAUCGCUAUUCUUGGAGGUGCCCCAUUAUUCUGGAAGCCCCUCUCGCACAGAUUCGGACGACGCCCUAUUUUCCUCCUAUCCUUGAUUUUGAGCUGUGUCUGCAACAUUGGUUGCGCGAAGAGCCCCGACUAUGCCUCCAUGGCAGCCUGCCGUGCGUUGGUGGCUUUCUUCAUUUCACCGGCUAUGGCUAUUGGCAGUGGUGUGGUGACGGAGACAUUCUUCCGUCAUGAGCGAGCAAAGUAUAUGGGUAUCUGGACUAUCAUGGUUACUCUUGGUGUCCCGAUUGGUCCGUUUAUCUUUGGAUUCGUCGCUCAGCGGGUUGAUUAUCGUUGGAUUUACUGGGUCCUGGCCAUCACCAACGGUAUCCAAGCCAUCCUUUACCUCUUCUUCGGUCCGGAAACUCGCUACAUUGGCGCCGACGUUCAGUCUGAAUCCUCCGCCUUCAAGCGCGAGUACAUGUCCCUACGCCGCAUCGACCCAACCCCGAUCAAGGUCUCCGAAUUCUACCACCCGUUGACUCUAUUCACCAACAUCCCCGUCCUCCUCGCCACGAUCGCCUACUCCAUGGUCUUCCUCUUCGCCUCUGUGCUCAACUCCGUCGAAGUCCCCCAGCUCCUGCAGAGCAAAUUCGAGCUCAACGCCCAACAACUCGGUCUGCAAUUCCUCGGUCUGAUCAUCGGAUCCCUCCUCGGUGAGCAAUUGGGCGGCUUCAUGUCUGACAUGUGGAUGAACGCUCGUGCCAAGACGAUCGGUCACAAGCCCGCUCCCGAGUACCGGCUGUGGCUCAGCUAUAUCGGAUUCCUGCUUACUAUUGUGGGUAUGAUUGUGUUUUUGGUUUGCACAGAGCAGGCUACUGCGGGCAAGUGGAAUGUCAAGCCAAUUAUCGGAACUGGCAUUGCUGCGUUUGGUAACCAGGUCGUUACUACCGUCAUGACUACUUAUGCUGUGGAUACCUAUCCCCAGGACGCGGGUAGUGUUGGCGUGUUUAUUAACUUUGUGCGAUCGACUUGGGGAUUCAUUGGACCUUUCUGGUUCACCUCCAUGUUUGACAGCGUUGGCAUUGCCAAGAGCUCUGGCGUCGUCACUGCGCUCCUUAUGGGCUGCAGCUUCUUCCCUACUGUGUACUUGCAGUGGCAAGGAAAGCGGUUGUACAACCACGACUCGGACAAGGUGUAA